AUGAGCGGGGGUUAUUUUUGCAUGCAGCAUCUCUCUUUCUGCCUCCUCCUGAGUGCCUGGAGCUGCGGCUGGGCGCCCGGGGGUGCUGCCAAGCCCAAGGGCCAGGGUUACCCGCACAUGAACUCCAUCCGCAUCGACGGGGACAUCACCCUCGGGGGGCUCUUCCCCGUGCACGGCCGGGGCAGGGAGGGCAAACCCUGCGGGGAGCUGAAGAAGGAGAAGGGCAUCCAUCGCCUGGAGGCCAUGCUCUUCGCCCUGGACCGUAUCAACAACGACCCCGACCUGCUCCCCAGCAUCACCCUGGGUGCCCGCAUCCUGGACACGUGCUCGCGGGACACGCACGCCCUGGAGCAGUCGCUGACCUUCGUGCAAGCCCUCAUCGAGAAGGACAGCACUGAGGUGCGCUGCGUCAACGGCGGUCCCCCCAUCAUCACCAAACCCGAGCGGGUGGUCGGCGUCAUCGGCGCCUCGGGCAGCUCCGUCUCCAUCAUGGUGGCCAACAUCCUGCGGCUCUUCAAGAUCCCCCAGAUCAGCUAUGCCUCCACUGCGCCGGACCUGAGCGACAACAGCCGCUAUGACUUCUUCUCCCGCGUUGUCCCGUCUGACACCUACCAGGCCCAAGCCAUGGUGGACAUCGUCAAAGCCCUCAAGUGGAACUACGUCUCCACCUUGGCCUCUGAGGGCAGCUAUGGUGAAAGUGGCGUGGAAGCCUUCAUCCAGAAGUCCAGGGAGGAUGCAAAGCCACAUGUUAAAGCCUUCGCCGGCGCAGUGGAAAGCGUUUCCGCUCAAGGCACAAACCGACCCCCUCCGCCGGCGGGGGGAGAAGACACUGGCCCCGGGGACAGGAUGCUCUUGCGGCCGGGGCUGACCCUGCGCUACCGAGACAGACUGCCCUGGGUGGGCCGUUACGUGUUAGAAGAUAAAAACAUUAAGCAGGUGUUGGAGGCGGCCAAGAGGGCGAACCAGACGGGACACUUCAUCUGGAUGGGCUCGGACAGCUGGGGCUCCAAAAUCUCCCCGGUCCUGCACCUGGAGGAGGUGGCCGAGGGCUCCGUCACCAUCCUGCCCAAGCGGGUCUCUGUCAAAGGUUUCGACCGCUACUUCUCCAGCAGGACGCUGGACAACAACCGCCGCAACAUCUGGUUUGCUGAGUUUUGGGAGGAAAAUUUCCACUGCAAGCUGAGCCGGCACGCGCUGAAGAAGGGCAGCAGCAUCAAGAAGUGCACCAACCGAGAGCGGAUCGGCCAGGACUCCUCAUACGAGCAGGAGGGCAAGGUUCAGUUUGUCAUCGACGCCGUCUAUGCCAUGGGACACGCUCUGCACAACAUGCACAAGAACCUCUGCCCCGGCAAGGUGGGACUGUGCCCCCGGAUGGACCCAGUGGACGGCGUGGAGCUGCUCAAGUACAUCCGCAACGUCAACUUCUCAGGCAUCGCGGGGACUCCCGUGACGUUCAAUGAGAACGGAGACGCGCCGGGACGUUACGACAUCUACCAGUACCAGAUCAGGAACUCCACUCCGGAGUACAAAGUCAUCGGGCAAUGGACCGACCACCUCCACCUAAAAGUGGAGAGCAUGCUGUGGCCAGGGGGUGGGAGCCAGCUCCCCAGCUCCAUCUGCAGCCUGCCCUGCAAGCCGGGCGAGAGGAAGAAGUUGGUGAAGGGCAUUCCCUGCUGCUGGCACUGCGAGCGCUGUGAUGGCUACCAGUACCAGCUGGACGAGUUCCACUGCAAGCGGUGCCACUUCAACGAGCGGCCCAACGAGAACCACACCAGCUGCACCCCCAUUCCCAUCAUCAAGCUGGAGUGGAGCUCGCCCUGGGCUGUGGUGCCCGUCUUCAUCGCCAUCGUGGGCAUCAUCGCCACCCUCUUUGUGGUGGUCACUUUUGUGCGCUACAACGAUACGCCCAUCGUCAAGGCGUCAGGGCGGGAGCUGAGCUACGUCCUGCUGACAGGCAUCUUCCUCUGCUACGCCACCACCUUCCUCAUGAUCGCCGAGCCCGACUUGAGCACAUGUUCCUUGCGACGCAUCUUCCUCGGGCUCGGCAUGAGCAUCAGCUACGCUGCCCUGCUCACCAAGACCAACCGCAUCUACCGCAUCUUUGAGCAGGGCAAGAAGUCAGUGAGUGCUCCCCGGUUCAUCAGCCCCGCUUCCCAGCUGGUCAUCACCUUCAGCCUCAUCUCGCUGCAGCUCGUGGGCGUCUGCAUCUGGUUCAUCGUGGACCCGUCCCACUCUGUCAUUGACUACGAGGACCAGCGGACUACAAACCCCCACUUUGCCCGGGGCAUCCUCAAAUGUGACAUUUCAGACCUCUCCCUCAUCUGUUUGCUUGGGUACAGCAUGCUUCUCAUGGUCACCUGCACUGUGUACGCUAUUAAGACCCGCGGGGUCCCGGAGACCUUUAAUGAAGCCAAACCCAUCGGGUUCACCAUGUACACUACUUGCAUUGUGUGGUUAGCCUUCAUCCCUAUAUUUUUUGGGACGUCGCAGUCGGCGGAAAAGAUGUACAUCCAGACCACAACGCCCACCUGUCUGAGUGCCUCGGUGUCUCUGGGCAUGCUCUACAUGCCCAAGGUGUACAUCAUCCUCUUCCACCCUGAGCAGAACGUCCCUAAGCGCAAGCGGAGCCUCAAGGCAGUGGUGACGGCGGCCACCAUGUCCAACAAGUUCUCUCAGAAGGGAGGUUUCCGCCCCAAUGGAGAGGCCAAAUCGGAGCUCUGCGAAAAUCUGGAAACGCAAGCACUGGCUACCAAACAGACCUACGUCAGCUAUAGCAACCACGCGAUUUAG